AGCUGCAGUUGGGUACCGAUGCUUAAAAUCGUAAGAGUGGACAGAAACUGAGAGGAGGGAAGACUGUAGCUGUAAUUGGAAGACGGAGGACGACUCAGGCAGGGGAGGGAACAGCUCCACGAUCUCCAUGAGAGGCAUGAUGAUGAACGGUGGUAACCAUGGCUUUUGGGUUUCAAACCCAGCAACAAAAAGAUCAAGAUCGAUGGAGGAAACAAUGAGGCGAACCAUUAGCUGACUUGACCUUCCUCUGACUCUUCUUCCUCUCAGCAUUACACCUCAAGACCUGCAGGGGAAGGACAGCAACUGAUAAUAAUCACCUGAUGCAACACUUGCAGGAGCUGCCGGUGUGAAAAAAUACCCAGGCAUUGCCCAGAGCUGUCACGAACGGGAGCUGUCGCCGGCUGCAGCUCAACCUCAAAGUUACCUUAAAGGAGCAUGGGACGUGGAGUUCAGAGCAGUGAGUUGUCCCCUGGAUGUCAAACCACCAGGAGCAAAUGAGUAGCAGUGGAUUUGGCAGCAGUUCCAGCUUGCUCCAGGGCCGGCGUUUCUACUGCCGGGAAUGGGCCCUGAGCAAGCUGCGGCACUGCCUGGACGCCCGUUCUGUGCCAGGACAACCGCCAGGGCUGCUGGUGAUGGGGGGUCCUGGCGCUGGGAAGACUGCCCUGUGUACUGAGAUGGUGUGGCCCACCUCGAAGGCAGGGGUGGCAGUUGGGCUCGCAUCCCGCUGCCUGGCCUCCCACUUCUGCCACAGGGAGGACCAGAGGAGUACGGUGCCGUGGAGGUUUGUCCUUGGCCUGGUGGAGCAGCUGAGGGCCUCACCUCUCCUCUCUCCUGGGUACAAAGAGAUCCUCAAAAGCCCGACUGUAUCCCCUGCUCUGGAGCCUCUCACCUGUCAGAGAGACCCUGACGACACCUUCAGGAGAGCAGUGUUGGGACCCCUGUUAGACCUUCCUCCUCCUGCCCAGACUCUGUUUGUGGUGGUGGACUCCCUGGAUGUAGGGCAUGGGGUGGGUGCAGGAAGUAGGAAGAGCGACUCCAUCGCGGAGCUCCUGGCCGCCAACCAACACCUGCUGCCUGGCUGGCUGCUGCUGGUCUGCUCCGUCCGCCGCAACAACAAGGCUGUGUGCAAGAUGUUCUCAGGUUUUCGUAAGCUUUGUCUGGAUGAUCUGCGGAAGCCGCCGCCAGUCCACGACGUGCAGCAAUACAUCCUCUGCCGGCUGGAUGAAGAAGCAUCACUUCGCCGUCAGCUCACCCCCGACACAGCUGACAUGCUGAAUUUACUGCACAUCAAGAGCGGCGGCUGUUUUCUCUUCCUCGAGCGUGUGCUGGACGGUGUGGCAGCCGCGCUGGUGGGUCUAAGGGAGAUCCGGGACAUCCCCGGGACUCUCAACGGCCUCUACCUGUGGCUGUGCCAAAGACUGUUCCCCCGGGGGCUCUUCAUGUACAUCAGGCCCCUGCUUAAUGUGCUCUUAGCUGCCCCGAGGCCCCUCACCCCCCAGCAGCUGUUCACAGCAGCCUGGACUCAUGACACUUCGCUCAGCCUCCAGGACUUUCAGAACAAACUCCGAACCCUCUCUCCUCUCCUGAUCGAUGGCCCUGGGGGCACCAAACUACUUUUUCAUGCCAGCUUUGCUGAGUGGCUGACGGAUGUCAAGUAUUGCACACAGAAGUACCUGUGUAGCAGAACAGAUGGACACAGCAUGCUCGCCAUGGCUUUGACUCUGCAAGGACCCCACUUGGACAUUGAGGGCACUUGCCAGCUAGCCACACAUUUAGUUUGCUCCGGUCACCAUAAAGAUAACCCUUCAUUGUUGGCUCUAUGGAUGCUGUGGGCCGGUGUGCCUGCUCUAACUCCCAGCUGCAGCCGCGCCCUCUCCACCUCCUUAAGUCAGCCUCCUGUUCUGGUCAGUCAGGAAGUUCUUCAGCUCUUAAUGAGGACUGGGCUUGUCCCUGCAGCCUGUUUUUCAGAUGAAGACCCAAGUGUUGGAGUGCAUUGUAUAGGUGAAGAGGGAACUAAUUUAAGACCGGCAUUUGAAAGAGAGUUGUCUGUAAAGAAGCUGCUAGACAGCGGGGUGUCUGCAAACCAGCUACAUUCUACAGAUGGACAGACCUUGCUUGCCAGUGCAGCCCAUGAGGGUUCUGCAAAUGUAGUUCAACUUCUCCUGACACAUGGAUCCGAUCCACUGAUCAGUGAUCAUCAGGGUCAAACGCCACUGUCUUUGGCCUCCAGGCAGGGUCAUGUCAAAGUGCUGUCUGUGCUCCUGGAAUGGGCCAAAAGCCGGGAGCCAGAAACUGCAGCUCAGAUGAUGGAGCAUGUUGACAGUGAGGGCUGGACAUCACUGCGCUCUGCUGCUUGGGGAGGACACAGCGAGGCUGUUCGGCGUCUCCUGGAUGCAGGAGCAGAUGUGGAUGGAUGCGACGGCGAGGGCCGGACUGCUCUCAGAGCCGCUGCGUGGGGCGGUCAUGAGGAAAUUGUUCUGACGCUGCUGGACUAUGGGGCUGAGGUUGACAAAGCUGACAGCAAGGGCCGCACGCCGCUUAUUGCUGCUGCCUACAUGGGACACCAUGAAGCUGUGGAGAUAUUGCUAGACCGCAAUGCAGAGGUUAACUUGGCGGAUGGAGAUGGGCGCACUGCUUUGUCAGUCACUGCCCUCUGUGUCCCUACAGCAGCAGGGGUCAAAGGUUAUGGUGAGGUAGCAAGUCUGUUACUGGAGCGUGGAGCUGAUCCAGGACACAGAGACCACGAUGGCAUGACACCACUGCUUCUUGCAGCGUAUGAAGGCCAUGAUGAGGUAGUUGAACUUCUGCUAGAAGCUGGUGCUGAUGUGGAUGAGACUGCCGGCCCAGAUGGCAACGUCCCUGCUGCAGCGGCCGUUACCCCCUUACUGGCAGCUGCAGCAAUGGGCCACAUGAAGACAGUAUCUCGUCUGCUCUUCUGGGGAGCAGCUGUGGAUGCCAUUGAUUGUGAAGGCAGGACGGCACUCUGCCUGGCAGCAGCAAGAGGCAGCACCGAGGUUGUCCGUGCCCUGCUGGACCGAGGACUGGACGAGAACCACAAGGAUGACCUUGGCUGGACUCCACUGCAUGCUGCUGCUUGUGAAGGCCAUCGGGCUGUUUGUGCUGCUCUGACAGAGAGAGGGAGCAUGGCACGUGUUGGAGAGAUGGACAUUGAAGGACGCACCCCUCUUAUACUGGCUGCCCAGGAAGGUCACUGGAGCACUGUCAGGCUGUUGUUGGACAGACGUUCUCCCAUUGACCACAGGGCCUACGAUGGACAUUCUGCCUUGAGUGCCACCAUCCUAGAGGGCCAUGCUGAGGUGACAGAGCUGCUCAUGAGGCGAGGGGCUGAUACUGACGUACGGGAUGCAGAAGGAAGACCUCUGCUCUACCUCCUGGUGUUGGAGGGUCAACUUGAGAUGGCUACUCUGCUAAUAGAGAAAGGAGGGGUGCCCCUAGAGUCCCGAGACUCUGAGGGCCGUACAGCGCUUCAUGUGGCUUCCUGGCAGGGUUGUAUUGAGAUGGUAGACCUACUUUUAAAACAUGGAGCAAACCCCAAUGCACAAGAUACAGAAGGGAGACCACCAAUGCAUUCAGUGGCUUGGACAGGACAUGCUGAAGUAGGACAUCGUCUCCUAGAGGCCAGCGGUGUCAACAUAGACCUUGCUUGCCACCAGGGGGCAACAUCUCUGAGCAUCGCUGCCCAGGAGGGACAUGCUAACAUUGUGGCAAUGCUUCUGGAAAGAGGUGCAAAUCCUGAUCAUAUGGAUAAAUAUGGCCGCAGUCCAGUCAAAGUGGCUGGAAAACACAGGCACUUUAACAUCGUCAGGCUCCUGGAGAGCUACGGAGCCAAGCCAUACCUAGGCCCGUUGCCAAACUCUAGUGCUAUCUCCCCCGCAAAACUCAACAAGAUCCGCUCCUCAGACAUCUCAGAGAGUAACGGAGGUGACGUAGCAGCUGCUACCUCUUCCUCUUCGGUAUCUUCUCCUGGCUCCACUGCAGAACGAUUCCACUCCAUGCAGAGCUCCCAGACCUCAUCUACCUGCCACUCACUGGCCACGGUGCAGACAGUGCCAGCUGACAGUCUCAGCUUCAUCCAGCAGAUCCAACAACACUCACUGCCCCGCAGUCGUAGCCGUCCCUCCACGCUCCCUCCACCGGGGAGCUCAGGCAUGGGCAGCCACCAGGGAAGCUUCCAGCGGCAUCCCAAAGGCAGCCCCCCUCCCACUGUUUGCACUGUCACUGCUAUGGUGCACAACUGCGAACCGCGUCAGAAAGGCUUGUCACCUGGACUUGAAUGUCACGACAAAAUGAAGCAACAAAAUUCACACUUAAUAAAAGCAGACAGGACUACUUACGCUGGUGGUAAAUGGCACUCAGUCAUGGCUUCCCUCGGGAUAAUGCCAGGGCAAGACAGUCCUGCAGUAGGUGUUAAAAACAGAGAGAGCCCUCCUCUGGGCUACCCAUAUAGACUACAGAGCCCACUUCAAGGGGAAGCUUGGGAUUCUCUACCCCAGAAAAACAUUUUGUCACCUGCUUGCUACAGUUUUACCCCAGUCCCACACUGUAGUGCCUUGCAAGAGGACGUUAUGGUUGCAAUGUCGACCACAGACCCGCAGCUUAAUCUGAAACAGGCCAUCAAACUGCAGUUUGAGGGUCCCACCAGUGCAGCCUUAUACAAGAGAGAGACACCCCUGUGACUCUUGCUCAAGUGGAGUUGGACAUUUUUGCAGUUCAAGGAGAAGGCGCUUUUCACCGUGUACAAAGACUUUCUGGGUUCAGAUGAGAGAGGAAGUGAUGUC